CUGAACUCUGUAAUCUAGAGGCGGGUCAGGGCACAGGUCACAGGAAGACCAAACUUUUAUAAAGUGACCUGAGUGCUAAAACCAUUCUUUCUUUAGUUAUCUUGAACCAUCAAAGAACCAUGAACCUGUGGAAGAUCGUAGGUGGUGUAUUUGGUGGAUGUUUAAUACUGGCCAUUGGAUUACUCAUUGGUCACUUUGGUAUCUCAAAAACUCCUUCCUGGGCCAAAGAGCUUUCCAAAGAUGUAGAUGAAAAGUUUAUUAGCGAGUUUAUGAAAGAAGUCGAUAAUAAGAGAAUAGAAGAAAAUUUGAGGAUACUCAGUAUUUCCCCUCACAUGGCCACAACAGCUGGGGAUGAAGAAACAGUGAGGUUCAUGCUCAGGCGCUGGAAGGAUAGCAGUUCUGGUCUUGAUGAUGCUAAGGAGGAAAGAUAUGAUGUCUAUUUAUCCUUUCCUGAUGCAACAAAACCAAACAAUGUGCAGAUAGUUUCAUCAAGUAAUUCUGUAACGUUUACAUCGCUUCUUAAUGAAGAAAAUUUAACAGAAGAUCAGAAAGACCCCGAGGUAGUUAAACCAUUCGCAGCUUAUGCUCCUGCUGGGAAUCCAAAGGGCAAGCUGGUAUAUGCUAACCAAGGUAGUCUGAGUGAUUUCCAGUUCCUCAAUCAAACACUAGAUCUAACCGGGACCAUUGCCAUUGUGCGUUAUGGAGGAGUUGGCAGAUCUGUUAAGGCAAUAAAUGCUGCCAGAUUUGGAGUAGUUGGUGUCAUUGUAUAUACAGAUCCCAAAGAUAUCAAUGAUGGCAUUUCUGACGAAUCUCAAACAUACCCACACUCCUGGUACAUGCCCCCAUCGGGUGUAGAGCGCGGGUCUUACAGUGUAGACUUCGGGGAUUUUCUUACUCCAUAUUAUCCAGCCAAAAGUCACACCUAUAGAAGAAAUGAAUCUGAGAUCACAGGCCUUCCCCCAGUUCCAACCCAGCCAAUAGGAUUUGGAGAUGCCAGGACUCUAAUAUGUGCACUUGGAGGUUCUAGAGCUCAAGCCUCCUGGCAAGGAUCUUUAUCAUGUGAAUAUAACGUGGGACCCGGAUUCCGCACUGGUGAACAAUACAGUGGCAGUGAUGUUCAGGUCAAUGUGUACAAUCAUCAAACAAUUAAGUCAUCAGCAAAUGUAAUGGGCCUUAUCAGAGGAAGUGUGGAGCCUGACAGGUAUAUAAUGUAUGGAAAUCACAGAGACAGCUGGGUCCAUGGCGCUAUAGAUCCUAGCAGUGGAACUGCAGUCAUGCUGGAAAUUACUAGAAUUCUUGGGGAAAAGGUCAAACAAGGAAAAUGGCGCCCACGGAGAUCAAUAAUUUUCGGUAGCUGGGGAGCUGAAGAAUUUGGCUUAAUUGGAUCUACUGAAUUUGCAGAGGAAUACUAUAGCAAGCUGAGAGACAGAACAGCAGCCUAUAUCAAUGUGGACAUUUCAGUAUUUGCAAAUGCCACACUAAGAGCACAAGGGACACCUCCAGUUCAGAAUGUUAUAUUCACGGCUGCUAAACAGGUUUCGCAACCUGUCAGUUCUCUCAACGUUUAUGAUAACUGGAUCCGUCACUUUAACCGCACCAGCUCGAUCUAUGGAGGUCUCAUACCCCAGCUGGGUACACUUGGAGCUGGGAGUGACUAUGCACCUUUUCUUCAUUACUUGGGUAUCACGUGUAUGGACCUUGCCUUCACCUAUGACAGGAGCAAGUCAUCAGCACGGAUCUAUCCAGCUUACCAUACUGCAUUUGACACAUUUGAUUAUACAGCUAAACACAUUGAUCCAGGAUUUACCAGUCACCAGGCUGUGGCCCGCACUGCUGGGAAUGUUCUACUGCGACUUGCGGACAGUAUCAUCCUUCCACUGGGGCCGAGAGAUUAUGUUGAGACUCUGGACAGCUAUUACAACACUGCUGCCUCAGAAUUCACCGCUCAGCUUACAGCAAGGGGAAUUUCUUUAGUCCCAUUGAAGACAGCCAUAGACAGAUACAGGACAUUUUCUGAGGAGAUCAACAAAAUCAUUGGCGAUCUGAAAAAUGCAGAAGAAGAUCCACUUAGAGUCCGAAUGAUCAAUGACCAGUUAAUGUUGGUGGAGCGGGCCUUCAUUAAUCAUUUUGCAUUCCCAGAUAAACUUUAUUACAGUCAUAUUAUUUGGGCAUCUCGGAGUUCCAGCGUGGUCACCUUUCCUGGUAUUGCUGAUGCCUAUAGUAAGGCUAUCUCUACUCAACUAAAAGAGGACUGGGAUCAAGUACACCAUCAUAUCACUGUGGCCACUACAGCUAUUGAUAACGCCGCAUCCACUCUUCAAGUUGCUGCUUCUAUUUAACAAGCUUAGUCAAUGUAAAAAAAAGAAACAUUUUAAAGAGAUCUAGUCAGGAAUUGGGCAUUUGUUAAAGUAUUAAUUUCC